AUGGCUCAAGACAAGAGCGACCUCAACAUUGAGCCUCAGCCGUCCGAACGAGACAUCGGCUUGGUGCACGAGAGCAAGCCGCCCGUCGUUCAUGAGGAGUCUGCGGCCUAUCUCUACGAUCAUGCCGCUCAAUGGGGGAAUUAUGAGCCUCACGAAGCUAAGCGCGUCCUUCGCAAGAUUGACUGGCGGCUGAUGCCCUUGAUUGUGGGAACGAUCACCAUCGCUGCCGUCGACAAAAUUCUCAUUUCCAAUGCUGCCCUCUACGGCAUGAACGAGGAUACACACCUCGUUGGCCAACAGUACAGCUGGGUUGGGAGCAUCUUCUACUUCGGCUGGCUCGUGGCUGAAUACCCUGCCAAUGCGAUCCUCCAAAAGCUUCCCGUGGGCAAGACGGUCGGUGUUGCAGUCACGCUCUGGGGCGUCAUCGUCAUGUGUCUCGGUGCCACCCAGAACGCUGCUGGCUUAAUGGCACUUCGCUUCAUCAUGGGUGCGCUCGAGGCACCGCUCUUCCCCGCCGUGACGAUCCUCAAUACUAUGUGGUACAAGAAGAAGGAACAACCUGUCAGGAUGGCCUUGACCUUUACUGCUUUCUCCAGUCUCGUUACUGGCGUCGUGUCAUAUGGUAUUGGUCACGCACAUACAGCUAUUGCUUCGUGGCGUCUUCUUUUCCUGGUCAUUGGAGGUUUCACCAUCCUCUGGGGUGCCAUCCUUAUCCUGUGGUUGCCCGACUCUCCACUCAAGGAGAACUUUCUCAAGGGCAAGGACAAGUACAUUGCUCUGGACCGGGUGCGAGAGAACAUGACUGGUAUUGAAAACAAGGAGCUCAAGUGGUACCAAGUCCGCGAAGCCUUCACCGAUUACAAGACCUACCUACUCUUCGUCUUCUUCCUCAGCAUGAACGUCCCCACCGGUGGUCUUGUCACCUUUGCCGCACAGAUCGUCUCCGGACUAGGCUACGGCAAGCUCGAGACAACCCUAUUGGGCAUGCCAACGGGUAUGAUGCAGAGUCUCGCUGGGUUCAUGGUAGCCAUCCCUCAACACUGGCUCAAAAACAAGCGUUGCCUGUCAGCUGGGCUGUGCUGCCUGGUUCCCUUGGCAUGCUCCAUAUUGAUCAAGCAACUCUCUCACGAGAACAAAGUGGGGCGCCUGCUGGCCUACUACUUUUUCUACUUCUUCUGGGGUCCCUAUGCCACAGCCCUAUCUCUGCCCAUGGCCAACGUCUCCGGGCACACCAAGAAGCUCACCAUCAACGCCACCAUCUUCCUUGCAUACUGCAUCGCUAACAUCGUCGGCCCCCAAGUGUUCAUUGCCAAGGAAGCGCCGGACUACACUACUGGCUACAACGCAAUCAUGGCUUUCGAGAUAGUCGCCAUUGCAUGUCUUGCCGCUUACGCCGUGGGAUGCAUCAUCGAGAAUAGGAUCCGGGACAAGCGCGAGGGCACGGAUGUUGAUGUUACUCUCGAUACUCAACUCGGUGACUUGACUGACUAUGAGAAGAAGGGAUUCAGGUAUAUCUAUUAG